AUGUUAAUGAGCUGACCAAUUCCAGGAUAAAUCUGCUGUCAAUGUUUCUUUUGAAUGGUUCUCUGUUAAUAUAAUCAUUUCAGUAAUGCUGAGUAAAUUAUCACCAAUCUGGUACAGCAAAAGAUGUGCCUUUUUAGCAUAUAUUUAAGCUCUGAUUAUCACUUAAAUGUUUUCUCUCGACUCCUUUAUAUACCUCUCAACUGCUGAUGACAUGGGAUUGAAUCCAGGAAAGCUAUGGCCAUAAUGAAUUGCUUCGUCUUCAAGGGUUAAUCUGAAUUCCUGUUCAAGAUGACCACAUGGAAAGAGAGGCACUUCCUCUGUACAGACAAAUAUGUGUCAUGGCCAGGGUUUUCUCCAAGACCCUACCAUAAACUGGCUGUUGAAAGACCACCCCACACAGAUGCCAAAAUAAGUGUCAGCCACAAAAUACGUUGCCCAGUGGAAGAGGAUAGCCUAUGGCACGUCUGGGGAUACCAUACAUGGCUGGAUGUAGGGAGGUUGCCAGCAAUCUAUCGCCCAAGACCGGAUAAGCCUUUUGAUAGCAACACAUGGCGAUGGAUCACUGCUCCCAGGAAAGGAUUCAUGGCUGUGCCGCCAGUCCCACCUCCUUCGCAGUUGGAUGGGAACACCUACAUUAAGUUCAUUGAAGGGGACGCGUUGUUUGUGGAUCGGAGACAUAAAGAGAGAGUUCUGACCCGAACAAAGAACGAAAUGAAACGGUGUGAUCAACUCAAACUGAGGAGUGAGUGCCGAGCUCCUCCUUUGGACGUUGAAGGAAAUAUUAUGCCUCCGAAAGGUUUCAUUCGAUACAAGCGCCUGCUUCCAGGGAAAAGCCCAGCCUCGCUUUGUGUCCAACUGCGGCCUGUCACACCUCCUUCUAGGGACUGCUGGGAUCACCCCUGUCCAAACCUCCAACCCCAUUACCAGGAGGCAGCUGUCAAGUUUGCCCUGAAGAACAGCAGCCCCAUCUACCCAGAGGUGGUAGAAAAAUAUCAGGAACUGGCUCUUUCUGGGAGUAAAAUAAGACCAUGUACACCUGCCACUGUCACUGAAUAAAUGGAAGGGGGUGAAGCCUGAAAUUCA